CGGCCGAGCGGCCAGGCAGCCAACCCUCGAGGAGCGGCCGGCUGGUGUCCGCCGCACCCAGGAGUAGGGGAUGUCCUACAAACCCAUCACCCCCACCCCCAGCAGCACUCCCAGCUCCAGCACCCCUGGGCCGGGCACCCCGGUUCCUACAGCCAGAAGUGUCCCAUCGCCAUCAGGCUCAGUGCCAGGAGGCGCUGCCCCUUUCAGACCACUGUUUAACGACUUUGGACCACCCUCCAUGGGCUACGUGCAGGCCAUGAAGCCACCUGGCGCCCAGGGCUCACAGAGCACUUACACAGACCUACUGUCGGUCAUAGAGGAGAUGGGCAAAGAAAUCCGGCCUACCUAUGCUGGCAGCAAGAGCGCCAUGGAGCGCCUGAAGAGAGGCAUCAUCCAUGCCAGGGCCCUAGUCCGAGAGUGCCUGGCAGAGACAGAGUGGAAUGCCCGCACGUAACAGGAAGCACCUCCUCAUUUGGACGUUUCCUGGCCACUGCAGAGCACCUGCUUCUCCCUGGCCUUCAUCCCGAGUUGCACUAACCAUCCUGAGCUUCCUGUCCUGUGUCCCUUGGUGGGUACACUCUAGGAACCAGGAGGAAGCUCUCACUCCAGUUGGCAGCACUAACUGUUCUCCCCAAGAUUUAGCAGUAAGGUCACUGUGAGUCCCACCCAUGACCUGCCGACAGUGUUGAUCCAACUGGGGCUUUCUCCUUUCUGUGUCCCCUCCACCAGCCCUUCCCCAGCAUCUCUCAUCACU